AGUGAUUACGGCCUAUGCCCUUAAGAGUAAAAGGAGACUUGCCUUGCUUGCCACGUGUGUUACUCUAUUCUGCGGAUCCUUUAACCAUAAAUCAUUCAUUAGGCCUACCUGAGACCCGCAGCCUUACCUGGAGAGGAAACACUUUGGAGACUAAUGACUUGUGGUGACAUGUGUAAUGUGAAGUUAUCAGCAGAUAAACGUCUUUAACAUACAUACGGUCACAAUUGAUCCGGGAAACUAAAGGCGGCUCCUGUUCAUUCUAACAGGUUUAAAUAGAAGAAAGAAAAUCCAAGAAGAAGAAUAUUUAUCUCCUCUUUUUAGACCAUCCAAGAGACAUUUAAGAAGCCCUCCCUGUCGCCAUGCUCCCGGCUCAGGAGGCCGCUAAAAUCUACCACACCAACUACGUGCGUAACGCUCGGGCCGUGGGCGUGCUGUGGACGGUUUUCACCAUCACGUUCUCCGUAAUCACCGUGGUGGUGUUCAUCCAGCCAUACUGGAUCGGGGACAGCGUCAACACGCCGCAGGCCGGAUAUUUCGGCCUCUUCCACUACUGCAUCGGGAACGCGCUCACGUCGGAGCUCACCUGCAAAGGGAGCGCGCUGGACUUCGGCUCCAUCCCGUCCGGCGCCUUCAAGACGGCCAUGUUCUUCGUGGGGAUCUCCAUGCUGCUGGUGGUGGGCAGCAUCGUCUGCUUCAGCCUCUUCUUCUUCUGCAACGCGGGGAGCGUCUACAAGAUCUGCGCGUGGAUGCAGCUGGCCUCCAGCACAUGCAUGGUGAUUGGCUGUAUGAUCUAUCCUGACGGCUGGGACUCGGACGAGGUGAAGCGCAUGUGUGGCCAGCGGACCGACAAAUACACCCUGGGCAACUGCACGGUGCGCUGGGCCUACAUCCUGGCCAUCAUCAGCAUUAUGGACUCGCUAGUCCUGUCCUUCCUGGCCUUCAGCCUGGGCAACCGGCAGGACAAGCUUCUGCCAGAGGACUUCCAGGUGGAGGAGAAAGAUAACGCCUAGGCCCCCCGUGGACAACUGAGGGAAGAGAUGGACGAGGCUUUACGAGGAGCACUGCCGACUCGAAGGAUUUAUAUGUAUUCCAAGGCUUCAGGACAUAAUUAAAAUCGAAAAAAAAAAAAAUAACUACAAGAAGUACUACAUUCUGUCCUUGAAAUUGUGCCAGCUAAUCAACAGACUUUAAAAACAUGGGAAGAGUCACUGUCCACCUCCCACUCAGAGUUUAGGAUUUGUAGCGGAUUGCUAUUGUAUUUUGGACUAAAACAAGUGAAUGAACAUGCUGAGCUGAGCAGCUCCUUGUUACUUUGGAGACAGAGUUGUCAUAAAUGCUAAGCAGACUGCCCUAAGUGACGCUGUUUAUUUCAGUGCCAGAAAGUGUUUAUCUAAACAGGUCACAUUUUAUCACAAAACAGGUGUUCAUCAUUUGACAUGCAAACUAAUAAGAGUGAUGUAUUUAAGGAGCAUUUGGAGAGA